GGCAUGGCAACUGAGAGUUACGGUGGACAUCGGAGGUGAUAUGUGGAAAUGUUUAUUACUAUUUGUAAAGCCGACAUGGAGGGCUUUGACUUCAACGUCUCUGGGCUCUACAUCUCUCAGAGAUUUGCAAAUGCCAGUGGUGAUAUAACCAUCUAUGAGAGCUGCAAAGACAUGCCAGGAGUUCUUAUCUGGUACCUCAGCCUGCAGUUCACCAACAUGUUCCUGGGCAUCCCGGCCAACAUCACAGUGCUGUGGCUCAUCCACAAGAACAAGAGAGACUCCUCCACCUCGGAUAUCUUCAUCAUUCACCUGGCAGUUCUGGACGUGCUGUUCUGUCUCACCCCUCCGCUGGAGCUGGCCAACAUCGUCUUCCUCGCCACCAGCAGCACCUGGUACGUCCUGCGCUUCUUCUAUGGCAUGAAAGACUUCUCGCCGCUCUUUCUGACCUGCAUCUGCCUGGACCGUUACAUCGCCGUGAUCCACCCCAUCUUCUUCACCAGGCUGAAGGACCGUCGACACAGGCUGGUGCUGGCCGUCCUGGUUUGGCUCAUCAUUCUGGCCUACGCUUCAGCUAAAUGUGUUGGAAACAUUGUACAUUUUGACCUGGUCUACACAGUGAUGAUCCUCUCAACGUUUGCUUUCAUGAUGUUUUGCAACAUAGCCAUUCUCUGGGCCCUGAAGCAGUCCAGGCCCGGCCGGGACACAAUGCAUCCGGUGAAGAAGAGAGCCUCCAACUUGGUUCUGAUAAUCCUGGCCAUCAUUGUCUUCAACUACUUCCCUUCUGUUGCAAUGUUCCCCUUCAAAACAUACUUCUCUCAAGAUGUAUUUCGCUGCUAUGUACACUAUGUCGCUUUUGGCUUGAUGGACUUUAGCAGCACCAUUCAACCUAUCCUUUAUCUAUCCAAGAAAAAGUUCCCAGGGAGACUCAACUGCUGCAGAACCACAACCACAACCAACGAGACACAAACAAAUUCAGUCUCUCGGGAGAUUUGGACCUUAUCCCAGCCGUCACAGAACAUCAACGGGGGAUUAUCCUGAAGAAGCGGCGGGUUACAGAACACAACGAAGAACAGGGGAGGCAUGCAUUUCCAAUUUGCCUGUGCAAAGCCACAAACCAGAACCAAUUUUGAUUACAAUGACAUAAAUGUGCAACAGUAAACCACAGCGGAUGGACAAGAAAUCAAAACAGUUCCCUGUACUUUGCAAAAAUAUUGAUUCAUCAGUUAUUUCUUUCUCUUGUGUACCAGGAACUCCUUUUAAUCUUUCAAAUUUGUCUUAAGCAGUUAUUCUGGCUUCCCUGAGUCUUCUUUGGACUUUAACUGAUUGUUACUCAGUGAAGUAUGACAUGUUCCUAAGACACUCUGCCUUGUUCUACAAAUCAUUCAGGCUUUUAAACGUUUCUAAACUUAAGAAACGAAUGGAAAGGUGCAAUUUUUUUUAUUGGAUGCUCAGGCAGUUUUGUAAAUUUUAACCCGUCACAAAAACAGAAUGUUUUAGCAAUUUCUUGUGCUAAGUUUGCAUAAAAACAAAUAAAGUGGCAAUUUUCCACGGACACAAUGACGUAGCUUAAAAUAUGUUAGACAUAGUAAAUAAUCAACUGAAGAAUGAUGUGUCUCGCAGUUUCUGUUUUAAGUCUUUCAAAGAAAAAUGAAAAAUCAGCCAAAGUCCAAACAAGAACUUCCAAGAGGGAGCGGCGAGGCACACAUCAAGAAAGUCUUCUUUAUGGAAAGAAUAGAAGAAGAUUAUCAUAGACCUUUAACAAAUAUCAACAUCCUGUGAUUGAAAAUAUGGAACUAUUUACUGGUUUCCAUUGUUUCAUUAAGAAACUCUUCAAAUGGUAUUUAGAUCAAAUACUUCUAAAAUCUCUUGACAAUCUCUGAUAUUAUUCCAUAUCUGCUUUUCAACAAAAUAUGUUAUAGGUCAAUACAUGUAAAAAUUUGCAUAAUGUAAUGAAUAGCAUCAAAGUUAACUAAGGAGAAUUUUGGGACAACAGCAUAUUUUUUGUGGAAUCUAUAAUCAAUUUUACAUGAACAAAAGGAAGGAGAUGUUGAUUUCUGUCAGCUUCAGCUCUGUCAUAAAGAAGGACAUGAGUAAAAAUAACAGCUCAAUCCAAAACCCCACUUAUAGCUCCUGCUUAGCACUGCAGCGCAGCUUGCUCACGCAAGAUAUUAGAAAAGUAGAAGUAUCAUUGUUUUUAUAAUACGUUGUUCAGUAUGUCGUAAAGCACAAUUUUAUAACUUAUUAUGGGUCGAAUAAAUGUUGAAUUUUUUUGCACCUCUGAAUGAUUUUUAUUUUUGUUGUUCCUCUUAUGUUAAGAAAAAGCAAUUGACCCAUGCUGUGGCGAAAGAUGCAUUUAAAAACUGUAUUGUUCUGCUUUUUGGAUGUAUUAUAUAAAUACAGUUCAAAAACCCAACAAUGCUUGCUUUUUUUCUGAGAGUGAACUGCGCUGCAGAGGUCGGCACAAAGCCAUUUUCUAGGUCUGGUUGUAAAAUGGAGCAGG